GAGUUCCCCGAGGGCGGCACGCGGGCGUGGCUGGUCGUGUUUGGGUGCUGGUGCACAUCGUUUGCGUCGUUUGGGAUCGUCAACUCGUUUGGAGUCUACGAGACGUACUACCUCGAGACGUUCCUCGCUGGCUACUCGCCGUCGACGGUCGCGUGGAUCGGCUCGAUCCAAGCGUUCGCGCAGUUCUCGGCCACGCUGCUCAGUGGCCCGUUGUCGGACCGCUACGGGCCCCUGGUCGUCAUCUGGCCCUUCUCAGCGCUGCUCGUCGUGGCCGUCAUGCUGACCAGCCUGUGCACGCAGUUCUACCAGUUCCUACUCUGCCAGGGGAUCCUGCUGGGCACCGCGUGCGGGCUGAUCUUUGCGCCGUCGCUGAGCGUCGUGGGGCACUACUUCUUCCGCCGGCGGGCCAUGGCCAUGGCGUACGCGUCGACGGGGUCGACCAUCGGCGGCACGCUGUUCCCGGUGGUGCUCACGCGGCUGAUCCCCGACGCGGACGCGGGGGGCGUCGGCUUCGCGUGGGCGCAGCGCGUCACGGGGUUUAUCUGCCUGUUCCUGCUGCUAAUCGCCGCGGUAACCAUCCGCCCGGGCCCGUUCCGGCGCACCGGCGGCAGCCUGAUCCUGUUCGAGGCGUUUGCGAGCCCCGCGUACUCGCUGCAGGUGCUGGGGCUGUUCCUGGUGGUGCUGGGCUUCUUCACGCCGUAUUUUUACGUCGCCGCGUACGCGCAGGCGCAUGGCGUUUCUGCCGGGCUGGCAUCGUACUUGUUCGCCGUCAUCAAUGCCGGGUCCUUCACCGGGCGCGUGCUGGGGGGCACGUUCGCGCAGCACGUCGGCCAGUUCAACGUGGUCACGCUGGCGUGCUACGCGUCGGCCGUGCUGCUGUUCGCCUGGCUGAGCAUCACGUCGGCCGCGGGGCUCGUCGUGUUGUGCAUCUUGUACGGCGCGUCCAGCGGCAUCAUCAUCGCGCUGAUGAUGUCGACGGUGGCGCACUGCGCGCCGCGCCCGACGCAGAUCGGCGCCUACAUCGGCCAGCUGACCUUCAUCAUCGGCUUCGCGGGGCUGGCGGGCGCGCCCACCACGGGCGCGCUGAUCGGGAACGAGGGCGACUACGCCCGGGGCACCAUCUUCAGCGCGUCCGUCAUCAUGGCCGGCGCUGUCGUGUUCACGGUGGCGAGAUACUACUACGCCAAGGACAAGUGGAUU